GUAGUUGUUGAAACAAGAUGAAAUUCUUUCAGGUUUGUGUUGUAGGACACUUAAGAACUUGGAUUUGGCUUCACAGGAUGGAUAUACAUAAAAUAAAGAUCAAGUGUUCAGGAGGUUAAAUUUCAGGAAAGCCCUCUUGGAUGCAAGUUAAAGGCGGGGUAUAAAACGAAAACAAAAGUAGCCCCAGUUGGCGAGGUCAUUUGAUUUCACUCCGCACUGCACUCAAGACUGCUGCUCUCUUUCUGCACACUGAAACAGAUUGCAGCCAUGGCUUUGGAGCACAAUGAAUCGGCAGAUUACUAUUAUGAGGAAAGUGAGAUAAAUGGCACCCAUGACUACAGUCAGUAUGAAGUGGUGUGUGUAAAAGAGGAGGUCAGAAAUUUUGCCAAAGUUUUCCUGCCUGCCUUCUUCACAGUCGCUUUCAUCAUUGGAGUUGCAGGUAACUCCACCGUAGUGGCGAUUUAUGCCUAUUACAAGAAGCAGAGGACCAAAACAGAUGUGUACAUCCUGAAUUUGGCAGUGGCAGAUUUGCUCCUCCUAUUCACUCUGCCUUUUUGGGCAGUUAAUGCAGUUCAUGGGUGGGUUUUAGGGAAAUUCAUGUGCAAGGUCACUUCGGCCUUGUACACAGUCAACUUUGUCUCUGGGAUGCAGUUUUUGGCUUGUAUCAGCCUAGACAGAUGUUGGGCAGUAACUAAAGCCCCAAGUCACUCAGGAGUGGGAAGACCAUGCCGGCUCAUCUGUUUCUGUGUCUGGAUGGCCGCUAUCUUGCUGAGCAUACCUCAGCUGGUUUUUUAUACUGUAAAUCACAAGGCUAGGUGUGUUCCCAUUUUCCCAUAUCACCUAAAAACUUCACUGAAAGCAUGGAUUCAAAUGCUGGAGAUCUGCAUUGGAUUUGUGAUACCCUUUCUUAUUAUGGGAGUGUGCUACUUUAUCACAGCAAGGACACUCAUCAAGAUGCCGAACAUUAAGAAAUCUCGACCCCUCAAAGUUCUGCUCGCAGUGGUUCUCGUUUUCAUUGCCACUCAGCUGCCUUAUAACAUUGUCAAGUUCUGCCAAGCCAUAGACAUCAUCUACUCCCUGAUCACCAACUGCGACAUGAGCAAGCGCAUGGAUGUCGCCAUCCAGGUCACAGAGAGCAUCGCGCUCUUUCACAGCUGCCUCAACCCAGUCCUGUACGUUUUCAUGGGAUCCUCUUUUAAAAACUACAUCAUGAAAGUGGCCAAGAAAUACGGGACCUGGAGAAGACAAAGACAGAAUGUGGAGGAGGUUCCUUUCGAUUCUGAAGUCCCUACAGAGCCAACCAGUACAUUCAGCAUUUAAAUGUAAAACUGCUGCUUUGAUACACAUGAGUGAUGCUUCGCCCUCAGCUAAAACAUCUGCAUUAUUCUGAAAUUCAAAUCUCAAGACACUGUGGUUGAAACUUAUUACAAAGAAGAGGUUGGGAUGAAGAAGGGGGGAGGGUAGAAACCAAGAAGAGGAAACACAAUAAUCAAUGCAUAAAACAAGAAAAUUAAAAUGAACAAUAUUGGAAAACAGUAACAACAGGCAUAAGUAAUAAAAACAUUUUGCUAUGUUAGGCCAUCUAAAACAUUAAUAAAGAGGCUUAUAUUAAGGGGCAUUUGUAAUUAUUUUAAAUCAUAUAAGAAUGAUUUCCCUGCAUGAUUUUAAUACUUGAUUAGCUACACAACAAAAUAUAAUCUAUCCUUUUUCCUGUUUCUUAAUUUGUAAGUGAUUUCAUAAUAACCAACAACAACAA